UUGAGUUUUUUUUUUAAUUAAAAGUAAGACAUCUUUGUAAAUUUAACACUAACGGAGUUUUUGUUGUGUUGUGUCGAGUUUAAUUUGUCUUAGUAAAAAUAUUUGAAAUGUUCCAUGGUAUACUAAAGUUAUGCAUUUUUAUGAGUCGAUAGAGUUUUAUAAAAUUGUCAAUUAAAAUCUGACGAUCGUAAAGUUUUUUUUAAUUAAUUUUCUUUGAUAAGAUUUUUAUUUGAAAAAUGGCUAAAGAUAAAAUUAGUGAUAAACCAUUUGACUUGGAUGUGAUUUUGAAGCAACUUGGACCAUUUGGCAAAUAUAAUAUUGUGAAUUAUGCGCUAUUAUUAUUUCCAAUAUAUUUGGCGGGAAUGUACUCAUCUAUUUAUGUGUUUGAAGCAUCUGAUAUAGACUACAGAUGUGAAAUUACUCAAUGCGAAGUAAUCAAUGAAAGUCUUUGGCUAGAAUAUGCGAUACCACGAGAUAAAAAUGAUUUAUCAAAAUGCAAACGGUACCAAUUUACGGGAAACUACAGUCAAAGUAAUGUUACAUGUACACAAAAGGAUUUCGAAGUUGUUGUAGAACAAUGUGAUAAAUACGUAUACAGUGAUGAAGACUCAGCGGUGAAGGAUUUCGAUCUUGGUUGCCAAAACUGGAAGAGAACAUUAAUUGGCACGAUACAUAACUCUGGUCUAUUUGUAUCUUUGCCACUAACUGGAAUGUUAUCUGAUAGAUUCGGAAGAAAAGUUGCUUUACCAAUAGCUUCUUUGAUGAAUGGUAUAUUUGGUAUCACAAGAUCUUUCUCAACUAAUUACUACAUGAUGAUUGCUAUGGAAUUUCUGGAAGCUUCCUUAGGCGCAGGAGCAUAUAGUACAGCUUUUGUUUUAGCUAUGGAAAUCGUCGGGCCUAAGGGGCGAGUUUUUGGAAAUACAUUAAUCAACGUUUUAUACGUUUUCGGCUCGAUGACUCUAGCUGGUCUUGCCUGGUGGCUUCAAAACUGGAGGAAACUACUUCGGAUCUUAUACUUUCCAGCCCUACUAGUAUUUUCAUACCUUUGGAUUCUAAAUGAAAGUGCCAGAUGGCUACUUAGUAAAGGUCGUCAUGAAGAAGCAGUUGAAAUACUAAAGAAAGCAAGCAAUAUGAAUAAAGUACACAUUUCCGAUGACUCUCUAUCAUCUUUAUUCAAAUUAGGAACAGAAGAUCCAAAGAGUAAAGAGGUCGCAAAUAACGAAGGAAAAACGGAAUCAUCUUUUCUCCAAGCAUUGAAAUCAAGUAUCAUUAGAAAAAGAGUAGCAGUUUGUUCUUUUCUAUGGAUAACUUGCACUUUUGUGUAUUACGGACUGUCAAUAAAUUCUGUGUCGUUAGCUGGUAACAAAUACAUAAACUUCAUGUUGGUAGCUUUCGUUGAGAUUCCAGCAAACUUUGUAUGUUUGUAUGUGUUGGAGAAAUUUGGUAGAAAACGAACAUUGACAUCGACUUAUUUGUUGAGUGCUUGCUUCUGUGUUAGUCUUUCUUUAAUUCGAAAAGAUCAGAAAUGGUUAUCUCUCGUGAUCUACUUGUCUGGGAAGUUCUCCAUUACGGUAGCUUACAGCUCGGUGUACAUCUACGUGUCAGAAGUGUUCCCCACUAACGUACGACAAUCACUGCUGGCCGUGUGCUCCGCGUUGGGUCGCGUCGGAUCCACACUGGCACCCCUUACACCAUUACUAGCGUUGUACUAUGACAACCUGCCAGCUAUAUUCUUUGCGAGUAUAACUGUAGUGGCCAGUGCUCUUGUGUUUACUUUACCAGAGACAAUUAACGUACCUCUGCCUGACACUAUUGAGGAAGCAGAAAGACAAUCAAAGAAGGAAGAUAACGCAUAGAUUUUGUUCUAGUCUACUAUAUUUUAUAAUUUGUGCUACCAAAUUCUUUCGUUGAAUGGUCACUGUCGAAUACCUUUAGAGUAGAUUGCUAUGGUAAAUCUACGCUAAGGGUCUGAUUAAGUCACCAUGUAAUA